AGAACGGCUACCAGACGGCUUGGAUUGGAUUAGAACGUAAGUGCUUGGGACAGUUAGCAUCUUUCGUAUCCGGUUCAAUCCGAUUCCGCGCUCCCAACAGUUGGAGAACAUGGCGUUUUUCUCUGCCGUGCCUCUUCGUGUCGCCUGUGCGGCUGCUGCAGUCGCGCAGAGAGGACUACCCGAGGUAGAUGAUGCAUUUGAAGACUUGACGGAAGAAGAGUUCCGGCAGUAUUUUCGUCUGUCCAAACGAACAGUGCGUAGCUUGUGCAACGAGCUUGACCCUAUCAUUGGAUGUCAGCGAGCCAGUGGCCUUUCCACAGAAAGGAAUGUGUUGUGCGCGCUGCGAUUCUUCGGCACCGGAAGCUUCCAGAGGAGCGUUGGUCGCGAGGAACACGUAGGCAUGGCACAGUCGGCCGUGAGCAGCACCAUUCACGAGGUGACGGAGGCCAUCAUUUCCGUGUCUGCCCGGAGAAAGCUGGUGGACUUUCCUUUCACACCGUCUGCCAAGGAUGAGGCUAAGGCGGCGUUUGCGCGACGCGGCGCCAUUCCAGGCGUGCUAACGUGCGUCGACGGCACGUUGAUCGCCAUCAUGAAGCCAGAGGGACUCAGCCCGGCCGACACGGCGAACUUCAUGUCGAGAAAGGGUUAUUACGCCCUAAACGUCAUGGUCGUGGGCAGCCAUGUCUUGCGCUAUGGCGCGCAUCUGCUCCAAGAUCCCUUCUUGAGCUGCUGCCGUCCGCUCUGCCGCGACAGCGAGGCGGCUGGUAGAGGCCUCGAUUCUCCGCAGCACCUGGAAUGAAUAAUCAUGGUGGAACUGUUCGCAUGAGUUGCCGAUUACUCGCAACCAGCUCACGCCUGGAAGCUGCUAUUAUCAAGAAUUGCAACGUGCACAACGAUUCCUUCUCUGUUGAAGAGCCACUGGCCUGAUGGCAUCCUUUGGCAGUGUCAAGCGUCGCAUACAAGCUAUGCCUUCUUUGUCUGGAUAGACAAAGACCUGCUGGAACUACUCUUCCGUCAUCUACUCAAAUGCAUCUCUCACCACCAAACAGCCCUUUUCAGGGCUAACCAAACUUUUGCCCUGCCGCUGAUCGUAGGCAAGACACGAUACCGAGCCCUCUGUACAACGCAUAUUUCUUGUUUACAUCCCAAGCUGAUUUGUUCUUCAGAUUCAUCAUUUACUUAUAACAAAGCAUAAAGAAUAUUUAUGUCCUUCAUGUAAAAUGACACCAAAGGACCAACCAACCUGCAGCAUCUCGUCGCCCUGUUCCACGCUGCGGGCGCACUGCGAUGACGUCGUCGUCAAGGUAUCCACCCGUCGCGGUCGCUGUCGACGUGGUGGCCGAACAGGGUGCUGCAACACUGAAAGCAUGCAGCAUUUUCUACAGUUGCACUGCAUAUUAUGGUACGAAUAAAAGUGGCUAUGGCCAUAUUAUGGCUUAUUGGGCUAGUUUAAAAAAAUACGAGAGCUCAUUUUCUUUAACAGCUUGAGGAUCAAUAACUUACCAGGGGCAGCGGCCACC